GUGAGGACACGGCGCUGGCUGGCCGUGCGUCGCGAGCCGGGUUUGAAAGUAACGGCAGGCCAGGAGUAGGGAGGGGGCGGGGCCGCCAUGGCUCAGAAAGACAGUGUGUGCUCGCGCUCCUACUUCGUGGUCGUCAUGGUGUUCGUGCAUGUUUACAUCCUCAACGUCUUGGCCCUGCUGUUCUACGUGUACUACACCAGCGACAGCGCGCACACAGCUCCGGAUGGCGGCGGAGGAGGCGCGUCCACGACGCCUGGGCAGGACGCGAGUGCGCGGCAGGAGGUGGCGGAGCCGGAGCGCACUGCUGCCAAGCUGCAGCAAGAGGCGUUCACCCGCCUGCACCGCCUGGAGGGCAUCAAGGUUGGCCAUGUGCAAAAAGUAGAUCUUGUCCCAAACAAAGUACACUACAUGAAAACGCUGAGCUUAAAACCACUUCUCUUUGAGAUCGCAAACUUCCUUUCAGAGGAAGAAUGUAAACUGGUUAUCCACCUCGCAAAGUUAAAGGGACUUCAGGAAAGCCAGAUUAUGCCAUCUGACCUUCAACAGGAGGCCAUCGAUGAGAUGGACAUUAGCAAAGAGGAAAUCUUCAACCUGCUUGACUACAACCAAGAUGGGCAGCUACAGAUGACAGAGGUUUUGACGCACACACGAUUUGGUGAUGGUGUCUGGAUUACUCCUGAAAAUAUUCGCGAAAUCUACACAGGACUUGAAGCUGACCCUGAUGGGAAUGGUUUGCUAAGCCUGGAGGAAUUUAAGCAACUUAACACAAAUGCUUUCCAAUCAUUUUUACGGCACCGUGGGGUGCAAAAGACCGAGCUGGUUCGCAACAGCAAGCACACGUGGCUGUACCAGGGCGAAGGGGCACACCGGAUCCUGAGGACCAUUCGGCAUAGAGUGAUCAGGUUGACGCAGUUACCUCCGGAGAUAGUGGAGCACAGUGAGCCACUACAGGUGGUGAAGUAUGAUCAAGGCGGGCACUACCAUGCUCAUCAUGACAGUGGUCCAAUCUACGCAGAGACCAGCUGCUUCCAUACAAAGCUAGUAACCAAUGGAUCCACUCCAUUAGAAACCUCCUGUCGAUAUGUGACAGUGCUGUUUUAUUUGAACAAUGUUUCUGAAGGAGGGGAGACGGCAUUUCCUGUGGCAGACAACAGGACGUAUGAAGAACUGUCUUUAAUGCACAAUGAUGUGGAUCUACGAGAUACACGGCAAAACUGUAACCGAGCAAACCUGCUGGUGAAGCCUGUGCAAGGCACCGCUCUCUUCUGGUACAACUACCUCUCCAACGGCGAAGGCUGGGUGGGAGAGCAAGACGAAUACUCCCUGCACGGCGGCUGCAUUGUCAUCCGGGGGACCAAAUGGAUUGCCAACAACUGGAUCAACAUCGACCCCGACAUCCAGCGGCAGCUGCGAUUCCAGCAGGCAAUCUCCAGAUACGCCAGUGACGAUGCUCCUGCCGAGUGGGCUGUCGACACCAUUUUCCGGGAUCUGCAUGUGGAGCUGUGAAUCCGUUCCAGAAUAACGAAUGGCGUUGAAUGCUUUGCAAGGACAAACUGCCCCAUUUAUAUUCAUCCCAUCCUCAAAUCAGGGUUCAGAAGGAAAAGAGAACGUCGGGGUGGAUACUGUUUGUUCACCAACACUUCAUUCCUCUGUCAGCUUUUGUCUGCAAGUGCUGGCAGGCUAUCUGGCAGCACAGAUCACCUCAGCUGCGCCAGGUCCAGCCAGGAUGUCUGUUCGGAAGUUGGAUCAGUGGCUAGUGAUUAGGAAGGGCAAUCUUCAACUUUGUAUUCUCCGUGUUAUUUACCCCUUUAUUUGACCUACCUGCUCAGCUACAGGGUAAGAGGCAGGAACGACAACUCCUAGUCUUCUUGCUUGAAGAGGGGCCAUAAGAGUGAGCUUGUUUAUGUGUGAUCACACCCAAAUUGUUAACACCCUUCACCCACUCUGCAUUCCAGCAUUUUUGUUUUUAUUUUAGAUUUCCAGAUCCUGGUCAUUUUUAAAAUUAUUUUUUCUUCCUACUUUUCCCAGUCAGUGUUCCCAGGCACUAACGCAGCUCUGACAAGUGAGGUACCAGCUUUACACUAUACUAUGUUGUUAUUCAUUGGUCUUGUCGGAGUGAUUUGAGAAUAACUACCACUGGCCUUGGAAUAAGCAUCUUUUACAGGAGAAAUCUGGUAAGUUUCCUACACUUCAUGGUAACGCAUUGGGGAGACGUGUUAGUGUGGAGAUUGAGCAAGGAUCAAACGAGGCAGCAGGGCCUUUGGUUGUUGAGCAAAACACAAAGUGCUGGAGUAACUCGGCAAGUCAGGCAGCAUCUGUGGAGUGUUGGUGAUGGUACGGGUCCCGACUUGAAAUGUCACCCAUCCUUUUUCUCCAGAGCUGCUGCCUGCCCCUCUGAAUUACUUCAGCACUUUGUAUCUAUCUCUGGAGAUCAUGGAUUGGUGAUGUUUCAGGUCGGGACCCUUCUUCAGUCCCAGAACGUAAAUGGGUCCGGAGGGGUCCCGAUCGGAAAUGUCACCUAUCCUUGUCCUCCAGAGAUGCUCCUUGACCUGCUGAGUUACUCCAGCAUUUUGUGUUUUGCUCAAGAUUCUAGCAUCUGCAGUUACUUGUUUCUCCUUUGGUUGUUGAGCUGCCUACACAUCCUGUACUUGGAUAAAGACUAUCUGCUUGUAUGAGAUACUUAAAGGAGAGUAGUGCUUGUGGAACUGCACUCAAGGUCAAGGAGGGGUAGACGAUGCUAGGAGGAGACUUUUUAUGCUAUUUUUGUUUAAUAUCAUAGUCUUGCUAGAAGCUGCCAGAUAUCUUCUGAUGUCUUGUUUACGCAGUCCAGUGGGUUAUUAAAGCAAGGUUAAUAUGCUGAAUAUGUUUUGGUCCUGACUGAUGUCUGUAAACAAGGCACACUGUGUAAAAAACAGGACUGGAAACUUGAGCAGAAAACAAACUGCUGGAGGAACUUUGCGGGUCAGACAGCAUCUGUGGAGUGAUUGGACAUACAGAAUUUUGGGUCGAGACCGUAUGGUCUGUCCAUUCCCUCCACAGAUGUUGCCUGACCUGCUGAGUUCUUCCAGCAUUUCGUGUUUUCUUCAAGUUCCUUGUGUCUCCAGUCUUUAAAAUAAUAUUUAUUUGUCCAAAAUGCAUAUUAAUUGCGCAAGGUACAUUCAAUAAUCUGCAUGCAGCAAAUUUUCUGCACAAGAAUUUGUAGAUUGUUUUGUAGAUUGGGUUGGAAAUUCACUCCUUCCAGUUCCCUUCCAAUGGUACAGCUAGGCAGCGCCAGAGACUGGGUUCAAUAAUGUCCUUGGGUGCCAGCUGUGCGGAAAUUCUUCUCCCUGUGACUGCGUAGAUUUCCUCUCGGUGCUCCGGUUUCCUCCCACAUCCCGAAGACAUGUAGGCUAAUUGGCCGUUGUAAAUUUCAAUAGUGUGUAGGGAGUGGAUGCAAAAGUGCGAUAAUAUGGAACCAAUGUGAACGGGUGAUCGAUGGUUGCCCUGGGCCGAGGGGCCUGUUUCCAUGCUGUAUCUCUAAAUUAAACUAAACUACAGGUUCACAUCCACUAAAUGGCAAUCUGGGGCUGAGAGGCUGCUCCUGACAUUUCUACAGAAGUCAUUCUGCUUGAAGUCAUUCCUUGGUAUCAAUUGAUGGACAUCUCCAGAGUUAUUGCUGCUGCUGCUGCUGCGGGAUUCGCAUGGUCAGUGCACUCUUGCAUUGCUCAGUCUUCUCCUCUUCACUUCCUUGCAUUGUUCCAGGAAUAGGUUGACUACGUGUCUGCUUCCUACGGCCACUUUACAUUCUCCCACCCAUUCUCCCAGCCCUUCACUUCCAAGUGGACCUCUGUGGCCAAAUACAAGUCCAAGUGACCGGUAGUCAUUCCUAGCCAGUGUUUUAUAAGACCAUAAGGCACAGGAGCAGAAUUAGGCCAAUCGGCCCAUCGAGUCUACUCCACCAUUCAAUCAUGGCUGAUCUAUUUUUUCCUUUUCCAUUCUCCUGUCGCCUUCCCAUAACCUUUGAUGCCCUUACAAAUCAAGAGCCUAUUAUCUCCGCUUUAAACGUACCCAAUGCAAUUCCACAGAUUCACCACCCUCUGGCUAAAAUUAAUUCUUCUCAUCUGCCCUCUGGCUCUAUUGUCCUAGACUCUCCCACUCCCCCAUCCACUCUAUCUAGGCCUUUCAUUAUUCGGUAGGUUUCAAUGAGAUUCGCCCCCUCAUCCUAAACCCCAGUGAAUACAGGCCCAGAGCCAUCAAAAGCUCUUUAUAGGUUAACCCAAUCAGCCCCCGGAUCAUUCUCGUAAAUAUUUAUUAUUCAUAAUGAAAGUUGAAAGGUUUCUGCAGAGGACUUUGGAACAUGAUACCUGUUGUUUUGUGAAUAGCUGGAACCUUCAAGGUAACUGAAGCUGUCACAUAGAAGCGUUAUUGUUCAACAUAAUCGGUUCUUUGUGCUGCUUCAUAUGUUCUGUAUUUAAAUGGAUACAACAAUAGUGUACAGUGGAGAAUGACACAAAAUGCUGGAGUAACUCAGUGAGUCAGGCAGCAUCUUUGGAGAAAAGGAAUAGGUGACGUUUAAGGUCGAGACCAGUCUUCAGUCUGAAGAAGGGUCUUGACCCGAAACGCCGCCUAUUCCUUUUCUCCAGAAAUGUUGCCUGACUUGCAGAGUUACUCCAGCUUUUUGUGUCUGUCUUCAGUGUAAACUCGCAUCUGCAGUUCCUUCCUACACAGUAGUGUAUAGUGGAUCAGAUAACCAACUGCCUGGGUACAUGGGGACAGGAUACAACGUUCAACCUGAUCAAAUAAAAGGCAAGAGACUAUAGGUAUUUUAUCAGUGUCUCUUCCCGCUGUUCACACUCCUUGACUUUAUUGAUUUACCUUUUAUAUUAUUUAAUUCAAAUAGUAAUUUAUCCGAUGUAUUCCUGGGCUGUUUCGCAACAUACUCGUGGUUGAAUCUUUCCCUUUUAUAAAUUUAUCGCCUGGUUUCUCGUAGUCAUGUUUAAGAACCACUGCAGAUUACGUUACUCUCUUCUGUUCAUUCUCCCACUCAAGCCCAAGGGCAUUAGUUGCUGGCCUGACUAUAUUUUACUGAGCCUGGGAACGAAAUCAUGGGCAUUCUAUUUGCUUCUCUCAACACAUAACAUGAUGGAUUUGCCCACUGAGCCCUGGAUGAGUUUGCAUGUUUUUUUUGUUAACUGGAAAAGUGGUCAGUGAAUAUGUCUGGUUUACUGUACAGUGGUAAUUUGGUGUCAAAGCAGCGGUGACCCAGACACUGGUUUCAUCUGCAUCAUGGCAAACUCCUGCAUUUAGCAUGCAGCCACUCCUUCGUACUGUAGCAUGCAAACAAAAGAGCAGUUAGCAGUUUUAAUGCUGUGUCUCAAUUUGCAAUUGAAUCAUGAGCAGUGAGCAAGGUUGGACCAUUAUUGCCUGUGCCAGCUCAGUGGAAGUUUUGCUGAGGGAUAUGCUCCCUUAUUUUUAUAGCUAGACAAUUUUUCCCCCUUUAGAUAUCUACAAUUUACUCUGCGUGCAAAAUAAGUACUAUUUUUCACCUUUGUUCCCGUUCUUUUGACAAAUACCUUGUAUCUGUAACCUCUGGUUACUGAUCCUCCUACCUGUAAAAACAGUUACUCCCUAUUAUCAAAUCCCCUCAUCAUUUUGAACGUCCAAAUCUUCUUAAUAGACACAUAAUGCUAGAGUAACUCAGCGGGUCAGGCAGCAUCUCUGGAGAAAAGGAAUAGGUGACGUUUUGGGUCAAGACCCUUCUUCAGACUCGACCCGAAACGUCACCUUUUCCUUUUGCCCCGAGAUGCUGCCUGACCUGCUGAAUUAAUCAGUAACUCCAGCAUUUUGUGUCUACUGUGUAAACCAGCAUCUGCAGUUCCUUCCUAAACAUCCUAUCCAAAUCCCCUUGACCUUCUCCGCUCUACAUUCAUCAACCAAAAUUUUGCAAAUAAUUAAAAUCAUAGGUUUUUUGACAUUUAAAAAAAAAUUAUAUUUAAAAACAAAUGAUUCUAUUUAAUAGCUGUUGUCCACGCUGUGAUAGAUUGUUUAUUUAUGAACGACAUCUUAAAAACUUCAUAUCUUUUAUAUUUUGAAUUGGUUUGUCAUAUCUAUUAUAUUUAAUAUUGUUUUAAAGAAGUUAGUUCUAAUUGUAAAUUAUUGUACCCUGAAGUUUAAUUAUUUAUUAAAGUGCGUCAUUGAUUUCUUCAUUUCUAUUUAAUUUGUGUUCUUCAGGAAUGUGUUUUAUAGCUGGCUGUCUCCCAAAGCCUUUAUUAUUUAAUUGUAGAUCUUGCACUCAAUUCCCCCAAGAUCCUCUUGGGUUACUCAGGUAACAUGUGUCAGCUUGGUCUGAAUAAAGAGCACCAUGUUUCUUCUUCAUAGUGCAUGUGUAUUGUAUUCUGUCUGCCUGUCUCUGUGUUGAUUUGAGAACUGCUGUGAAAUCCUCACAAACUAUAAUCAAAAUAAAUUUUUCAAACUGUA